GCCGGUGAACCGGAUGCGCUGUCAGUCUCCUCCUCCGCGUCCUUAGCCUCCACCCAGCUCCCUGGAGAAGCCGCUGCCACCCCGAGGCCUUGGCCAAGAGGCUGCUGGCGACUGGCCCGGCGGGCGCGGGCACGGUAGGAGCUGGGCGCGCACGGCUACCGCGCGUGGAGGAGACACAGCCCUGCGGCCAUGGGUGCCAGGGCCGCUCCUUCACGCAGGAGACAGGCGGGCCGCAGGUUGCGCUACCUGCCAACAGGCAGCUUUCCCUUCCUCCUCUUGCUGCUGCUGCUCUGCAUCCAGCUCGGGGGCGGACAGAAGAAAAAAGAGAACCUUUUGGCUGAAAAAGUAGAACAGCUGAUGGAAUGGAGUUCCAGGCGCUCCAUCUUCCGAAUGAAUGGUGACAAGUUCCGGAAAUUUGUAAAGGCCCCACCUCGAAACUACUCUAUGAUUGUUAUGUUCACUGCUCUCCAGCCUCAGCGGCAGUGUUCUGUCUGCAGGCAAGCUAAUGAGGAAUACCAAAUCCUGGCUAAUUCCUGGCGUUAUUCAUCUGCUUUCUGCAACAAACUGUUCUUUGGAAUGGUGGACUAUGAUGAAGGAACAGAUGUUUUCCAACAGCUCAACAUGAACUCUGCUCCCACAUUCAUGCAUUUUCCCUCCAAAGGCAGACCCAAGAGAGCUGAUACUUUUGACCUUCAGCGAAUCGGAUUUGCAGCUGAACAGCUAGCAAAGUGGAUUGCAGACAGAACGGAUGUCCAUAUUCGAGUUUUCAGGCCACCCAACUACUCUGGCACCAUUGCUCUGGCCCUGUUAGUAUCGCUGGUUGGUGGCUUGCUCUAUCUAAGGAGGAACAACUUGGAGUUUAUCUAUAACAAGACUGGUUGGGCCAUGGUAUCUCUGUGUAUAGUCUUUGCUAUGACGUCUGGCCAGAUGUGGAAUCAUAUCCGUGGACCUCCAUAUGCUCAUAAGAACCCACACAAUGGACAAGUGAGCUACAUUCAUGGGAGCAGCCAGGCUCAGUUUGUGGCAGAGUCACACAUCAUUCUGGUUCUGAAUGCUGCUAUCACCAUGGGGAUGGUUCUUCUAAAUGAAGCAGCAACUUCCAAAGGGGAUGUCGGAAAAAGACGGAUAAUAUGCCUCGUGGGAUUAGGCCUGGUGGUCUUCUUCUUCAGCUUCCUACUUUCAAUAUUCCGUUCAAAGUAUCACGGCUAUCCAUACAGCUUUUUAAUUAAAUGAAGCCAAGUGGGAUUCGCAUACAGUGAGUUUCCUGUGAAGAGAAGCUGUUCCUCACAUUUUCUUAUUUGGAAUUCUUGGAUUCAUUCUCUGUUGAUUGUGAUACGCUAGCUUAUUCUUGUAUGAUUUUUUUAAACUGUGGAUUUUCCUAAAAAAUUUAAUUUAUAGAAGUGGAUAUGUAAUAUUGAGUAAUCCACAAUGGAACAUCAAGUGUUUUUCCAGUAUUCAGUGUAUGCUACAGGAGUGAAAUAAAUAGCAGUGUAACUAUGAAAACAUGUUUUAGAACUGUGUUUGCCCUUUAGUAAAGAAACUACAUGUUAGUAAAGGAAUCCGUGGAAUGUAUGUAAAAGAAUUAUUAGUAUUGUACAAGGCUAGGCCAUAUGCAUGAAAUGUGUCAUGUGGACAUCCUUACUGCUGUUUCUCUUAUAAAGGACGUGCACUGUUACAAAUGUGUGUCUUAUUCUUGCUGCAAGUAGAUCAUGAGACAUAAAGGACAAAGAGCUGGGUAAACAUUAAUGCCAGGUUUGGUUACAAGAACCCACAUCAGGUGACUUAGAACCGCCUAUAAGUCCAGUCCCAGGGCUCUCUAUAACCUAUAUUCACUGUAUUCAAAUUUUUCAUUAAAAUUCAUCAUUCAUUUGGCAGUCUUUCUCUAGAAUUUUAAAUUACUUUUCUUCUAAGAGAGAAAAAUCCCCUUUCAAGGAGAUUCAUUAUAUAUAUAUAUGGUCAUUUGCUGGUCAAUUUGCUGUGCUUUCUUUAGCACAAUGCUCCUUGCGUUAUGUUUUCAAAUAAAUCCAAUAACUAACCAUAAAUUUCUUUUACAAAUAAAAUAAUAUUUCUCAACA